GUUCAUCUCAAUUUUCUCUCUUAAGUGGCAUUAGCGCUGUACAAUAAUACACAGCGAUAUACAGUAAAUGCUAUACUGUCUUUUCGGUAAAGUUAGUAGUUGGUGUGGACGGAAGGUACUGAGAAGUGUUAAGUGAUCUUAAGUGCCGCAGGAAUGGGAUGAUACUAUGGAUGGUGAUAUGAGUCAUUAUCCUCAAACAAUACGCACAGCACGCUUGUUUGUAUUCAUUUGCGUGGAACUAAUUUGAUUGUGAUAAAAUUUCGCUAAAUUUCGCGAUUUAAUUAUUUCACUCUCAGAUCACCUGAACCCUUAGAGUAUCAUUGUAACGCUUUCCAAGAAGCGGCUUUGAAGGUUAAGUUUUUGUGACAUUUCGUCGGAGGAAUUAUGUAUCAUCGUGGAAUUUCAUUUUUGGCUAUUCUGAUUGUCGGUUUAGGAGAUACAUUACGAUGGCCUAUGCCCCAAGCAAGUGUCCCAGUCCAAUUGCAGCAUUAUAAACUUCGUUAUGGCGACUGCCCAGGUGACGACAUCAAGAAACUCGAUGAUGCAAACGUUACGAUGUGCCAGGAAGUUUGCGAUGCGCUGAGUGAGUGCCAAGCCUUCUUAUUCGUAGCAACCCUGCCGUAUCGGCCAGUGAGUGGAUUUCGACCGUAUUGUUGGCUGAAGCAUAAAACAUGCAAAGGUUUAUUUUUCAAGGGAACGCGGUCUUACAUGUAUUACGAUAAAUUCGUGACACUUGCAAAUUACACCAAACUGAUGCGUGGUUGCUCCGCACCCACCGCGACCUCCAUUUUUAAUGCGACCUUGGACGUCUGCAAGGAGGCCUGUGACGACAUGGAAAAGUGUAAGGCAUUCGUUUACAACAAUGACAUCGGGAACAAGGCUGUGGCAAAUGGCGGCACGAGAUGUGAUUUCAAGACAGACUAUUGCACAAAUGUUACGUGGACAUUUAACCAUACGUUCCUUUACACGAAGGUUAGUCCACAGGUAACCCGAGCAGUCCCAAACAUAGACUGCAUCAUGAACACGAUGGGCACUUUGGGGGGCCACUACAUGGGAAAGCAGAAUGUGGCGAAUGGUGCUCACUGCUUACGGUGGAGUCAGCUGGCGCCAGGGGUACGACUGUCAAAACAGAGGGGUUACUUCUAUGGCCGGCUCCCGGACCUUUCGAUAGAAGACGCCGCGAAUUACUGCCGUAUGCCAUCUAAGAACAGACUCGGGCCUUACUGUUACAUCCAGUCGGGAAGAUUUAGACAGAAGGCGCGCUGCAACAUACCGCUAUGUAACUUCGACAACUCGACAAGUGACAUCUUUUCCGACGUGACGGAUGAAAUCAACUUGGACUGCCUGAGCGGCUCGAUGGGUGCCGACUACAUCGGAACUGUUAACGUCACCAUCAGCGGGAAACGCUGCAAAAGUUGGUCCUUAGUGAAAAACGUCACCGCUAGUAAUUUCCCAGACGAGUCCGUGGAAGCUGCUGCUAGCUAUUGCCGGAACCCCUUCCUACAUGGCGACGGGCCAUGGUGUUAUAUCAGUGCGGACGGAUCGGAAUGGGAACGAUGUAACAUUAAAAUGUGCCCGCAUUUAGUCAAUGAGACUAAAUGCAAGCACACAACGCUCGGGGAAGACUAUAGAGGCCGUCAGUUGAUUGGUGCGUCGGGCAGGAGGUGCCUUUCAUGGUGGCGAGUCAGGGAGGAGCACGACCGAAGAAACCUUUACGCGACCCGCCUGCAAGGUUGCCAAAACCCUGACCUUUCGCCGGAGGGCCCGUGGUGCUAUACAGGCGGGAAUCGGUCCGCUGACGGGAGAACUGUGAUUGGACCGCAGCGCGAGUCAUGUGGGUUAGACUACUGCGAAGGGUUCAUACCGCAGUGGCUACUGUAUAAAACAACCACCAGCGAAACCGGAAAUGAAGACAAAGAUGUAGCCAAAGGCUCUCAGACAGAGGACAGCUCACGAACGAACCCGCUAUGGCUCGUAGUCCCAGUUGCUAUCUUAGUCGGUGUCGGCUCCAUUGCUUUGUUGUUCACCUACCUCAAGAAAUCCAAUAAGUUGCGCAAUCCUUUUGUGACCCGGAUACAGCAUACACGAUUUGAAAACGAGGCUGAUAGGGGAUAUGACGUCACUAUGUCAGGACUUGACGAACAACCGUUUUGAAGUGUCUCGCCGCAGACUGUAGAAAGACUGUCUGUCCUCGCUCAGUUUCAUUUUGCGGGAGUUUAAGCCUCGUCUUCAUAAGACCACUUGUUGGACGUCUAGGGAAGAUCGCCCAAAAUUAUGAAAGCUCAAUGAGAAAGAGUUACAAUGCUGGAAUACGAUCCACAAGCUGUGUAAAGGGUGAUCGAUUGAUAUAAGCUGCCUUAAUGCUGUUGUAAGCAAGGCCACCGACAGAGGGACCGUUCAUUUAGUGUUACGUACGACGAAAUUCUUCUACAGCCACGGCGAUGGAGAUGUCUAUUGUUUGAAUCACUGAAAACAAUAGAUUUUCGAUGUUCGGACUAGCUCUAGAUAGUUGUCAUACGAGUCAAUUGAAUUCAAUGCAAUUUAUUCAUCUUAUCAGUGCCCAUGAAGCUGUUACAGAUAUAAACAUGUAUAGAUAUUUAAAAAAUGAUAUGCAAUGCUACAAGAUGAAAAAUAAACUAUGACGAAAGAUAUACCGCUACAUAAUAGACAUUAAAGGUAUUAAUCAGGAGAUGAUGGAAAUUACGUAUGAGGUCUUGUUCUAUCAUUUUCUGAUUAGCAUGGUCACAUAUUAAAUUUUUAAUAUCGAUUCAAUAAGCUACAACUAAUAAGGGUUCAUAUCAUAAAUAUAUAACCUGCCAAUU